AGAAGAUUUGUAGCUCAGGUAGGUGAUUUAGCUGGAGUUUGGUCGUGACCAAACCAUCCAGCUAGGAGAACAGAACUCCAUCAAAAUGAAUUUUUUAAAAAAAAAUACUCUCCACAACGUUAAAAACUCCUUCAGAAAGUAAAAAAAAAUUGUAAAUGUAAUCGUCAAUUAUUUUUUUCCCAUCAAUUGAAGAUGCUUCAAGUUAUCUUACAUUACCUUUUAUACUAUCCAUUAUCUUACUUAAAUAACUUACAUAAUUAAAUAAGUAGUAUUACGACAUUCAUAUCAUAAUUAAAAUGUACAUCAACUUGAGUGAGAUUGAGUUCAAUCAGCCCAGUAUGCUGAUUCUAUUUAUUUUUUUUUGCAAAAUUUUAUAAGAGUGGGCUAAUCUCAAUUAUGAUUGGUUAUUUUUGAAGGUCAGUCAGACAGAAAAGUGAAUUUUAAACAAAUAAUAAUAAUAUAUACAGUAGAUUAGUAUUUUGAUCGAUAAAUAAUAUGACAGACUUAUCCAGGUAAGAAAAUAGACAAAUCAACUUUUAUAUCAUAACUGACCAAUCAUAAUAAAGUUGUAAAUUUUAAUCGGUAGGUUAUAUGAUGUUCAUUUUAAAAAAAAAUAAUAUAUAAGAUAAUAAGAAGAUUGUUUUAGAAGGAAAGAUGCAGUAUCUGGAGUACUAUAACACUAGUCCUCAUGGAUUAUAUUUCAAUUUGACUGAUAUAUAUGUAUAUUGUUUUGAUUGUUUUCUAAAAAACAAAACUGCAAUGUCUGAGGAACUAUAACACUAUUCCUCAUGAAUGUCAUUUCAACUUGACUAAUAUAGAUAUACCAUAUAUUUAAUCUUUAAAUGAAUACCUAUUUAAAACAAUGCUAUGUCAAAUAUGCUUAUUAUAAAAAUGGAUCCACCUCACUCAAAUAUAAUAUGUAAUGAUGAAUAAAGGUUAAAUUAACCAUUAGAACGUACCGUUUCGAUAUAUGAUAAUGUGGAUCAUUUGUUGUCGUAAACAGGAAACAAAAAAGAAUAAAACAAAAGAUAAUUUACAGCUAAGUUCAAAAUACUCUAUUAGUUAUAAUGAUCAUGGAAUUAAUGAUAAUGAAGAUAAUUAUAAGCUUAAAAAUGAUCUUAAUAUUCAUACUAAAUUAAAUAAUGAUUCAUAUGCUAAUAUUGAAAAUGGAUAUUAUCCUAAACAAGUAAGAAGAAGUUUACCUGAUGUUGUUAUACCUUCAACAAAUUUACCAAUUCCAAGAUCUAGUUUACAAAUUGAUUAUGAAACUGGACGUAGAUCAACAAUAUACUUAGAAACUACAGUGAAAUUAGCUGAAUCCGAAAGUAUUAAUUUAGAUGAGAAUUAUUCUUCGAAUAUAUUUAAUGAAACAUUUUUUAAUAAUAUAAAAUUAAAUAUGGCAAAUAGAAAUUUUCUAUUAGAUAGACCAAGAGCUCAUAGUCUUAUAUCAUCAACAUAUCAACAACAAUUAACUAAUAAACAUAAAGAACGUCAAGGUAGAAAGUCCGAUGUUUCUCGAAGUGAUAAUCAUGAAAAAAAAUUAAUUUCCAAGAAAAGACUUAGUCUAUUUAAAGUGAAACCAUUAAAACGUUUUCGUAAAUCAAAAGAUAGUUUAAAUUCACUGAGGUCACAUAAAUGUACAAUUAGAAAUGAACAAUCAAACAUGAUACCAACUAUGACAUGUGAUAAGUCGACUAAUUCGAAAACAAAAUCCUCAUUGAAACGGAUUAAACCUUCGAAAUUAUUUUCAAUUAAUAAAUCAUCUCAUGAAAAUAUUGGUACUACUAAAGAUUUGAAUAGUCAUGAAAGUUGUUCUGAACGAUCAGAGGAUAGUUUAGGACAAUUACCUAUGACAAGGAAUUCUAUGUUCAAGCAUAUACAAACACGUACUACUAAUUUAUAUCAAACAACAACAAAAAAUUUUGAUUUAAAUAAACAAAAUUAUUUAAAUAAUAUUGAACAUUCUAUGACAAAUUCUAAAAAUACUGUAUUAAGACGUGGUUCUCUUUGUAUUUUUAGUCAAAUUGAUGAACCUAUUGUAACACCAUUCGCACAGAUAUUGGCUAGUUUAAGAAAAGUUCGAUUUAAUUUCAUUUUAUUAACAAAUGUAACAAGUACAAGAGAUUCACGAUUUGGAGCUGUUCAACCGAUACAAUCUGCCGAAGAUGCAAAUAGUUCUUCACACCUAGGUUGUAGUGGUAGCGGACAAAAUAAGAUAACAGCCAGUGAAACAUUGGAAGAACUUGAAUGGUGUUUAGAAAGAUUAGAAAAUAUACAAACUCAUCGAUCUGUUAGCGAUAUGGCAUCGAGUAAAUUUAAGAAAAUGUUAAAUAAAGAAUUAAGUCAAUUUGCUGAUGCUGGACAAAGUGGCAAACAAAUAUCCGAAUAUAUAUGUUCAACAUUUUUAGAUUCAAAAGAAAAUGAUCCAUUAACAGCUACAAGUCAUUCAUCUGUAAUAUCUCAUAAUAAUACACAUGGAAUAAUGUCUAAUAGUAUAAAUAAAGAUAUUACGAUAAAUAAUCAUGAUAAUCUUUCUGAAAUGAAUACAUGUACACCAUCAGAUAGUAUAAAGAAUUCAGAAUCAACUGGUAUGUAUUUAUUCAAAAGUGUUGAACCCGGUGAAAUAAAUCAAACGACAACAACAACACUGAUUGACAAUAUUGAUGGUGAUACAACGAUAGGAGUGACCGGUGAUAGUAGCAGUAGUAAUAUUCCUCAUACAAUAAAUAGUACAACUGUAACAAUUGGAUCUACUACAAUGAAUAAAUCAUUGUCAAAAUUAUCCUCUUCACUAUCGACUUUAUCAUUGAAAAUGAAUAGUAAUGUGAAUAUAAAUGAAAAUACUAAUGACAAUAAUAAUAAUGACGAUAAUAAUAUUAAUAUAAUGAUGAAAUCUAGUGGAAAUUCUCACACCACUAUGUCAAAUCCUCCUUCUAGUACAUCACCUCUUCCUCUAUCUCAUCAACAUCAUAGUGAAUGUGAAAAAAUUCAUUGUUCACAAACACAAAUAGUACCAUAUAUAAUAAAUUCAACAAAUCCAAAGAAACUUGAAGAUAUUCUAAAAACUUCCCUUGAUCUAUGGGGUAUUGAUAUAUUCGAAGUAGAUCAGCUUACUACUAAUCCAUUAACGUGUAUAUUUUAUAAUAUUGUACAGAAAAGAAAUCUUUUGCAAAAAUUUGCUAUACCUGAACGUAAUCUACUUCUAUACAUGACUGCUGUUGAAGAGAAAUAUAACAAUAAUCCAUAUCAUAAUCGUGUUCAUGCAGCUGAUGUUGUACAAUCAACACAUGUAUUAUUAAAUGCACAAUCAUUAGAGUCUGUAUUUACAGAUUUAGAAAUUUUCACAGUUCUAUUUGCUUGUGCCAUUCAUGAUGUCGGUCAUCCAGGAGUUACAAAUCAGUAUUUAAUUAAUACAAAUGACCAAUUAGCAAUUCUAUACAAUGAUUCAUCUGUAUUGGAAAAUCAUCAUUUAGCUAUAGCAUUUUCCCUAUUAGGUCAACCAGGUCAUGAUGUUUUUGAGAACUUUCCACGUAAACAACGACUUAGUUCUAGACGUAUGAUUAUUGAUAUGGUUUUAGCUACAGAUAUGUCCAAACAUAUGAGUUUGUUAGCUGAUUUGAAAACAAUGGUUGAAACGAAAAAGGUUGCUGGAUCCGGUAUACUUACUUUAGAAAAUUAUAUUGACAGAAUGCAGAUCUUGCAAAAUAUGGUACAUUGUGCUGAUUUAAGUAAUCCAGCUAAACCAUUAGAUUUGUAUAGACAAUGGACUAAUCGUGUUAUGGAAGAACUCUUUCAACAAGGUGAUAAAGAACGUGAAUUAGGCAUUGAAAUAAGUCCAAUAUGUGAUCGAAAUACAGCGACCAUUGAAAAAUCACAGGUCAGCUUUAUUGAUUACAUUGUUCAUCCAUUAUGGGAAACAUGGUCAGAUUUAGUUUAUCCAGAUGCACAAACUAUUUUAGAAACAUUAGAAGAUAAUCGUGAAUGGUACUAUAAUCAAAUUAAUGAGAAUAAUAAUGAUAAUAAUGCAGAAAAUGAUGAAUGAAUUGAAGGAAGAAAAAAAUUGAUUAAAACCAGUGGACACAUAUAAUGUGUAUAUAUAUACUUAUUUGAAUUCUGCAUUUCUGAAUUGGAUUUAUUCCAAAUAAUAAAGGGAUCUAAAAUCAUAUAUAAAUGUCAUUUAUUGGUCAUGAUAUUGGAAUUGUUCCCCCCAGUCCACAUACACUUUUACAUAUAUAUUUUUUUCGUAAUAAUUAUUUUUCAUUUUUUUAAUUAAUAAUGAAUAAGUUUACCUCUAUUCUCCAUGUUAACUGAACAGUGAUAUCAUAAACAUAUACAAAAAAAUAAUUAUCACUGCCCAAACAUGUAUCCAUAUGCAUAUGCAUAUCUAUAUAUGUUGAUGUAUAUUGAAAUUUUAUCUUUUAUCGAAAACCUAGUAUUAUUUACUAUUUUAUAUAAUCUAAUUUUAUCAUGUUGUAUUCAAUGUGUUUAUGAAUAAACAAUCAAGAAUAUCAAAUAUGAACUAUCUUGUACUUUCUCUCUCUCUCUCACACACACACACACACACACACACUCUCGGAGUAGCGAACGCAUUUUACGUUUUGAUAAGAUGCUGACAACGAUUAUAUCCACCUCAUUCUGUCUCUCUCCCCCUCCCUCAUAUACACAUCCAUGAAGAGCAAAAGUUGAAAAAACUUUUUCACAUUUCAUGAUGUAUUUAUUGUAUUUAUGUGCGUUUAGUUUCAUACUAAAUAUAUACAUAAUAAUGCUCAAUUUCUUUUCGCAUUUCCUGAUCUUUAUUAGAGUCUCUCUCUAUCUCAUAAGUUGAAAGAUAUAUACAUCAUAACGUUUAAAAAUGACAUUAAUCAGAUAUAAAAUUUAAAGGGAGAAAAAAUGUGUUCAAAGAAAACCUAUCAUUUCUCAUUACUGGUUUACAUUUGUUUCAUGUACACGAACUGUAGAGAGAGAGAGAGAGGGAGAAAAAAAAGGAAUUGCUGAAGUUUGUAUUUUUGAUAGUGAUCCCCACUACUCAUCAUCAUCAUAACAACGAUGUUUUAUGUGUAUUAUCUUUUUUUUUUUAAUUUUUUUUGCAAGUAUUUCAAUAAUCAUAGUUAAUAAUUAAAAGACGAUAGGAGAACAGAUUGAUUUUUAUUUCCUCAUUGAUUUCAUUUAUGUUUGUUGUACGUGUAUUCUAAUCUCUUUAGUUUUAUUGUUAUUCCUGUACUAAUGAUUUCUAUCGAACUUCAUAAACAUAUUCAAACAUAAUUCUUAAUAAUUGUAUAUCAUAGGGAUUAUAAUGGUUAUUCAAAGGAGAAAAAAAACGAGACUAGGUACAUGUUCUCGUGUACGUAUUGUUGUGAUGAAUACUACUUAAAGCCAGCAACCAAUAAACCAUAAAUUUAUACAAUUCUCAUUCUCAUCUUAGUUUUUUACACACACACACACACAUAUAUAUAUACAUACAGCCAUAUUUCUUUAUAUCGAUUAAUCAAACAUGAUACAUAACUGUAUUGGAUUAUUAUCAUUAUUAUUGAAUGUUUACAAUAAUAUUUAUUAUAUAAACAGAAUUUUGAGGAAAAUAUAUAGAAAAUAAAAGGUAUACAAUUAUCAUAAUGUGUAAUAAAAUUUAUUGAUUUUUUGUUUAUGGAAUAUGUUUAUAAAUAUUAUGGAUUUAUUUCUCUUUUUGUUUUGUUUUUCUAUUCAUUCAUUACUGUGUUCUAUCAUUUUGUUUACUUUCCUAAUUUUUUUUCACUUUUGUUUCGUCCUCUGACCUUUCUCCUCAAGUAUAUAUAUAUAUAUAUAUAUAU